GGCACCCUGCCCGGGCACUGAGCUGCCCCGACACCCCCCUGCACCUGCUGCCCCGCUCCCCUCACCGCCCCGGCAUGACCCAGCCGCAUCGGCCACAAGGAUGAAGCGUUGCUGCCCUGGGGUGGCUUGGGUGACCUUGGCAGCGCUCUGGCUGGCAGCCAGCGAAUCGCAGCCCCCAGGGUGGCGGGACCGCGCCGUGCUGAGAAGGCAGCGAGUCCCGGUGCAGCCGCUCCUCCGCCUGCGGAGACAUACCGACAGACGCCAGUGCCCUGACGGCAUGAACUGGGUCGAGACUGCUCACCAGUGCUGCCGUCAGUGUCCCGCAGGUGAGCGCUGCCCGGUCCGUGUGGCAUGGCACGGCACACCGUGGCACGGCAGGUGCAUUGCUCCAGGUGGCCGUGCUCCCUGUCACCCCACUGUCCCUGCAGGGACUUUCCUGUACGAGCCCUGCAAAAGUCCUGAGAAUGGCAGCGUGUGCCGCCCCUGUCCCGCCGGCACCUUCCGCACCCAGCCCAACACCCUCAGCGAGUGCCAGGCUUGCUACGAGUGUGACCAAGACGCUUUCCAGAGCGUGCUGAGCAACUGCUCGGCCACCAGCAACAUCGCCUGCGGCUGUGAGCCCGGCCGAUUCCGUGUCUGCAUCGACCAGCUGUGCACCGAAUUCUCUUGCCAGAAGUGCCGGUCCUGCACCGGACGCCUCAUCCAGCGACCCUGCUCAGAGGUGCAGGACGCGCUUUGUGACAGCAGCUGCAAGCCUGACUUCUACAAAGACGGUGACGAAUGCCGGCCAUGUCACAUGCGCACCGUGGACUCGUGUGGCAAAGAGUGCCAGCAAGUGUGCGGCAGCAACAGCAACCAAGGCUCAGGUCUGGAGUACAUCCUGCUGGGACUCACCGGGCCUCUCUUCCUGGGUGCCCUGGCCAUCUACCACAAGAGGAAGAGGCUCUGGCAUGAUGCCCUGGCAGGUGGUCCUUACCCCGCGGCACAGGCCGCCACCUCAAUGGCCGGGGCUGCAGCCACACCAUGGUACCACACCACCCCCCGGAUGUGGAACAAGCUGCGCCCAGCCCAGCCAUGCUCCCUGCAGAGGCCAGAGCGUGCCACCGGCACAGCAAAGAAGAGCUUCAAACAACAGGAGGCCUUGCUGCGUGAGCCACCCAGCGAGGAAGGGGAGCCCUCUGCACCCCCGGAGCCCCGCGGUGCCUUGCUGCAGGGCAGCCAGCUCUACGCCGUCAUCGAUGUGGUGCCGGUACGGCGCUGGAAGGAGUUCAUGCGGAUGCUGGAGCUGCGGGAGGCAGAGAUUGAGCUGGUGGAGCUGGAGGUGGUCCACAUCCGUGACCAGCAGUACGAGAUGCUGAAGCGCUGGUGCCAGCAGACCAGCGCCACGCUGGACCACGUCUUUGCCGCCCUGGAGCGCAUGGAGCUGGCCGGCUGUGCCGAGGCACUGCGCCAGAGUCUGCCCGUGGGACCCUGAUCCCCAGCGUCAGCACCCUGGCACAGGGAGGUCCCAGCACCUCCACAUCUCACUGGGCACCUCAUCCCAGCCACACCCCUAAGUAUUGUUACUUAUGCCGUGUAGACAUUUUAUGUCAGUUUUAUGUCCCCUUCCCACCUGCCUGUUCCCUCUAUUUAUGUCCUCCUGCUCCCAGGACCGGGAGGACCCCAUGCCCCAGCACAUCGGCUGCCCAGCCACUCGCGGGACGAGCGGGCACCGAGCCCACCGCGAACCCAUGGGAUAGUUCUCAAGGCUGCCCGCUGCCGGGCGCUCCUUCCCCCUCCCCAAUAAAGUGGUGUGUUCUCCA